AUGGUUUUGACUGUUGGCUCUGGGAUUUGGAGAAACAUUGGGCACCCUGCCUACUCUUUUAGUAGCAUAACUCCUUGUCAUGGGAUUUAUCACAAUGGUUUUCUUCAUUGGAUUGGUCGCACUCGUGGGGACAGCUCUCGGCGUUUGGUAUGUGCCUUUCACGUUGAAACAGAGCAGUUCCAAGAGUUACCACUACCGCCUCCUUUUUAUGAUCUGGAUAAAACUUAUUUUAAGCUCGGAGUAUUAAAUGGUUGGCUCUCUGUAAUUCUUAACUUGAAUGGCGAUAUCAGUGUUUGGGUGAUGAAGGAAUCUUGGACUAAAGAGCAUGAGUUUAAAGACCCAGUUGGUUCUUUUGGCACUUCAAUAUUGAAAUUUACCGGGGAAGGGCAAGUCUUGGGGUUAAAUUAUGAUGAUCAUUCAAUGCAGGCUUACACUCUCGCAAGAACUGGCCUUGUGAGGGUUGAGGUUGAUGGACUACCUUUAAUGAUUUCGGAGGCAUGGGACCUUGUUCUGAGCUUUGUUUCGCUUGAGGAUAGAUCACCAUAG